AUGUUUGCUGUACAACUUUUAAUGAUCGCAAUCUACCCCGCGCAUCAGAUGCUCUUCUACGCUGUCACCAAUACGUCUUUUGAACUACCAGCAAUUCUGAUGCUAUCCGUGGUUAAAUUGGUGAUGAAAAACUUGUUGGCGUCCACUGUUUUGCAUAUGGAAGACAUUGUUCCGGAGGAAGUUAUCUUCAAUGUCGACUUUUUCCACGCCAUCUACCUUGUAACAUGCAUGCAAGGCGCUUCUUCGCCUAAUACGGUGAUCGCCAUCAUGGCUGUAGAUGUUGCUGAUACGAUCAUUGAGCUUCGUGAGCUAUACCAACGGACUCGUAGUAUACUGAAUCGAUUUUCCCCUGAACGUGGAGUUAAAGACUGUCAUUACGACCUACUUGUGUCUAUCCGUUCGUGGAUUCAUCAAGCAAACUUGAAAAAGUUACGUAAUGGCAAUUUCCAGACACUUUCGUGCAUUUCUCACCGAGUAUCACUCGACAGUAGAGCGCUACUUGAAAAGUUACAGACAUUUUCACUCAAUUCAGCGGUCUGCUCGGACGGUGCAGUCCCAGUUAAAGUGGCAGGUACGGUAACUGUAGCUCGUGCUGUAUGCAGGGCGAGUCUGUGGAGAUGCUGCCCAGGAGGCAGUACUCCAGUCCAGCCGAUUAAAUCUAUACUAGUACCUGUUAAAACGCGGUCGUCACUUCAACAUCAAGGAAGCUUUCAUCGUCGCAUGCAGCAGAACUUCAACACGCUAUCGGAGCCUCUCGAGCUAUUGUUUACGUCCGAGUGCCUCGUCCUGACGGAAUAUCUGGAGACGAUCAUCCCGAUCAUGUACGGGUGCGGAAUCUUAGUGAUGGUGAAUCUCCCCAGUGCUAAAUACCACUCCGAGAUGCAAGGGAUCACGCUUGAGAAUGUCGGCGGCAAAGUACUGGGAAUUUUUGCGUAUGGACUCCUGGAGUUGAUAUCAUUCGUGGCGCUGGCCGUCAUUAUGAGACGCAACUGCGGUAUCCGAGCGCUUUACCAACUUGCAUUCGUGCUGGAGACACAGAUGCCCUUGGUGCAAGCGAAAUUCGUGCUUUGGGUGAUCAUGGUGCUGGCGUGUCGAGUCACUCACUUCGGUACGCAAAUGAUUGUCAUGCUCGCUAAUGAUGAGUUCUUAACGUAUUUAUUUGUUGCAGGUGUCGAUUUCCAUUUAUCUUGAUAACUAUCCCCAUCUCGAAGGUAAGACAAUGGCAGCCCCACAAAUCCAGUGGGGCCGUUCCGCCCUUGAUGCUGCUCAUCGGCUCGCUCACUGUAUCAAAGUUCAAAUCUUCUCGAUGAAUGUGGCCGUCGUAUACCUAGUCGCCUUCUUGGCAGCUCCAAAGGUACGACAACGGAUACCUGCAGAAGACGAAUGCAAG